AUGAAAAAGGAAACUACGACUAUUUCCAGGAAGUGCAAAUCUUCUGCUACCACCUCUUUGAAUAUGUGGUACGCAUUGCCAAAGCUUCUCAUAUUCUUCUGUUUUUUCUCCACCUUUCCUUUGACCUCAGUUUCGUCCUCUUCUCCACCUCCCAGUCCCAUCUCUUAUUCUCAUCAUUGUGAUUCAUUUGUUCCCCAGUCAACCCCAAGAAGAUAUUCAGACAAUCACAUUCACCAGUACCAUACAGGUUACUACACUGGUGGUGGCAGUGGUAUUCUUAGUCAAAUCCCAUCAUAUCUGCCUCAUGAUGAGCCCCAAAAUAUGAUUGGAUUUAACAUCUGGGGGGCUCAAACAACUGAUGUACAAGGCUUAUUCAAGAUUCAGGGAAGUCUUCGAUUUCAAAGAGACAGUGUGUUUACCUAUGUGGGAAAUUCCAGAAGUCAUCUACGAUAUCCUGGUGGCAUCUAUAACAGGUCUCGAUCAAUUUCCAGUCUAAAAAGUUCGAUAAGAUUUAAACUAGAGGGGUUCUGGUCAGAACCUUCUGGGAAGCUGUGCAUGGUUGGAUCAAGUUCUGAUUACUUGGGACAUGGUAGUUGGCUUUAUAUUCCUGCUGUUCUUAAGCUCUAUAAUCUCAUUAAUUCUACUAGUGUUACUAGUUUGAUUAGUGGAACCUUAGAGAGCUUGGUGAGUUCUGAGAAUGAUCCAAGUUAUUUUGGGCCAGUCUCUAUUUUGAUGCUUCCUCGUAUGAACUACAAGUACUCUCUGGUUUCAAAUAAAUCCGAUGACACUAGUACUGAUGGAAAUUAUAUUCAACCGAGCUCUUUGCCAAUAGAGACAUUUUGUUCAGUACUUUCUAGAGAAAGAAGACAUGAGUUUGAUCUCAAAUAUUCAAGCCAUUGCGUAUUGGCAAAGAACUGCACUCCAUUAGCUGUGUCUGAUUUGCCUCGUGUGGUGUCAUUGAAGAGUAUUGAGUGUUCUGAGGAUAAACGAAGGUUGAGAGUUCUGGUAAUAUUUGCGGACAGUAGAAGUGUCUGGUAUCAGAAACCUUUCAAUCCCAAUACAACAUUGGUUGGGGAAGGGUCAUGGGAUGCAAAGAAAAAUCAGAUUCGUGUUGUUGCGUGUCGAAUCUUAAAUGCAACUGAGUCUUUUACAAAUAGAACUCAUGUGGGUGAUUGUUCAACAAGAUUGAGCUUGAGAUUUCCUGCAGUAUGGACAAUCAGAAACACGAGAAGCACUGUGGGGAAAAUUUGGAGCAACAAAACUGUGACAGAGUUGGGUUACUUUGAAAGCAUUGCAUUUGAAAGUCCUGAGAAUGAUAUCAGAAGGGUUCUACUUCCAGGCUUGAAAUAUGAGUACACUAAAAUGGAAAAAGUAACCAAGUUGUGCCCAAGAAAGAAAGCUGCUCACGGCAAAACCAACAUAUAUCCAAAUCUAUUUUCUUAUGACAUGCGCUUUGACAUGUCAGUGAAAAAUUCUAAAGGAGAAGCUGCAUGGGGCAGUGCCAUCCCUAUCUCCGUCGGAAACAGCUUUUACCAGCAUUAUCCGUAUUCAAAUGAAAUUCCAAAAUCAAGUGCAAGGAUUGGACACUUAGCAGCUCCUGUGAGUUACAGCUACAACAACAGCAUCCCUGUCAAUAUCAGCUACCAAAUAAGCAUCAAAUUCAAACAGUUGGGCAUUGAAAUUUCUGAACUUAGAAACUCUUCAAAUUCAAAUGGAGUGAAAAUUUAUGCUGAAGGGAUCUAUGAUGCUAAAGAAGGAAGCCUGUGCAUGGUAGGUUGCCGAAAUCUGGGCUCAAACAGUGAACAGCCAACAAAAGAUUCUGUAGAUUGUGAGAUUCUUGUCAAUUUCCAGUUCCCUCCCACAAAUUCAAAGCAUGGAAGUUUUAUCAAGGGCAGCAUUAAAAGUACAAGGAAAAAGUCUGAUCCUCUUAUUUUUGAAACUUGGAAUUUGUUUUCGGCUUCUGGUUACCGGGUUGAAGCAAAGCGAUCCAUUUGGAGAAUGGAUGUGGAGAUCACCUUGGUUCUUAUAUCCACCACACUGGCAUGUGUUUCUGUGGCAUUACAAAUCUUCCAUGUGAAAAAACAUCCUGAUGUGCGUCCCUCCAUUUCCAUGUUCAUGCUGCUAAUUCUAACUCUAGGCUACAUGAUACCACUUAUGCUAAAUUUUGAAGCCAUGGUCACGAAGAAAACCAACCGCCGAAAUGUUUUACUAGGAAGCGGUGGAUGGCUUGAAGUUAAUGAGGUAAUUGUAAGGGUAAUAACAAUGGUAGCUUUCUUGUUGCAAAUGCGUCUUCUGCAGCUAACAUGGUCGGCGAGAUCAGCAACCCAAAAGGAGCUCUGGAUCAUGGAGAAGAAGGCUCUGUUUGUAGCUUUAUCAGUAUAUGUUGCAGGGGCAUUAGGUGCUUUGCUUCUGAAGAAUUGGAGGAAGGCUGACAGUGAUAAUGAUUUCGUGGUGCUUUCAAGUUAUUUUCCAGAGCAUCCCAUUUUGGAUGCCUUGAAAUCUUAUGGUGGUUUGGUGUUGGAUGGUUUUCUGUUGCCUCAAAUUCUUCUCAACGUGUUCUGCAAAUCAAAGGAAAAGGCUUUGUCUGUUUCAUUCUACAUUGGAACAACUUUCGUUCGAGCGAUGCCACAUGCAUAUGAUCUUUACAGGGCUCAAAACUCUGCUCAUCACCAGUUGCAUGAGUCAUACCUUUAUGCAAGUCCUGUGGCAGACUUUUUCUCCACUGCUUGGGAUGUCAUUAUUCCUUUUGGGGGUUUACUUUUUGCUGGGAUCAUUUACUUGCAGCAGAAGUUUGGGGGUCUUUGCAUUCUUCCUCAAAAGUUGAGAGAGUUGGGUGAAUAUGAGGUCUCUUCUGUUACUGAAGGUUAA